AUGAGCGACACGACGCCAGAAGUAAAACUAGAAGUUUCGGCCAUUGAAGAAUCGACCCAAGUUGACGAAUUUAUCAAUGAACAGACAAGAGCAAUUAUCGCCAAUCUUCAGAAGCAUUGGAUGACGCAAUAUGAAGAAAAUCGAGAGAAAGUUUUGGUGGAAAUCACUGAAAAACUACACCAAGAAUUCCUCAACGAUCUCCAAAAAAUUCGCUCCGAACUGUUGCAGGAGUUCAAAGAGGAGCUGGAGACAAUGAGAACCGAAUUGGAUACGAAAUAUCGUGAGGACCUGAAACUCGAAGGCGCCAAGCUGCUCGAAAAGCAUCGUCGCGAUUUGAGUGAGGCGAAGAAGAAGCAGUGGUGUUGUCAGUGUGAGAAUGAGGCCAUCUACCACUGCUGUUGGAACACUGCCUACUGUAGCAUCGAAUGCCAACAAGGACACUGGGGAACACAUCGUCGAACCUGUCGUCGUCGCAAACCCAGUUCUCCACCAAUUCGCUAA